UAAAUUUUUUGUUACACUUGACAGUAUAAGAUACAAUUCAUUUAAAAAAUAAAACGAUGCAAAACAUGCUAAAUUUUGAGUGUUUUAACGAUUUGCGAAGUAGUUUAAAUAUAUUAGGUUACGAAAAAUAUUCUUUACCGAUUACUGGAGUUCCACUCGUGAGCGCGAUCUUAGAAGAUUUGAUCAAGGCGACUGUCAAUUUUCGUGGUUGUAAGCAGAAUUUCAUGAAUUUCUUGGAGGAUAGAUCAUGUGAGCAGUUGGGAAUGGAGCCAUAUAAAUGUGAAAAUACACGACUUUUGGUUGAAUGUAAUCGACUCCAUCAUGAAGCGUUAAAAAAAAAUGAAAAGUUUUUGAAUUCAGAGGCAGAGUUAAAAAAAAGGGUCUAUGAACUGGAAAAAGAUAAUAAGCGAUUACUUGAGCAAUGCCAGUAUUUGCAAAAAAAAGAAAAUUUUUCGAACACAAAUCGAAAAAAACAAACAAUAGAUUCAAAAUUGAAAUGUUCAAAAGAUAACAAGCCUUUUGCGGGCUCAGCAGUCAGCAGUAAUUUAAUAAAUUCCGUCACAUAUAUGGAAAAGAUAAAAACAAACCAGUUUUCGAAGUGCUAUCAUGGUUCCAAUCAGAAUGCAAUGAAGAAAACUGAAGUUAAUAAUGGAAAUAUUGUGCCGAAAAUCCUGGAGCUAGAAAACAAUGUUGAAAAACGUGACAACGAAAUUGGCGGACUCAAUAAAUUUGUUGAAGGUGAACGAUUACCAUUUGUGCUGGCAAAUAACUGCUGCUACAAAAACUUCGAUAAACUGUGUGAAAAUAUUGCAUUUCUGCAAAACGAAAAAAGAGAAAACUUAAACAAAAUUCAAGGAUAUCAGAAGCAAAUGCAUGAGGUAAUGCAGCGAGCAAUUAAUAAUGAAGUUCUAAAUAAUGAACUAAAGAACGAAAUUGAUGAUCUUAAGAAAGCUGCGUUGCAGGUUGAAAGGCAAGCAAAUAACGAAAUUCAACUUCGCGAAAUAGAAAUCGAAAAUCUUCGUACUGAAUUAUAUAAAAUUUUGUUCUUCGUUAUAUUUUAA